CCCAAGAAAAACAACUCUAUAAACACCCCUUCGUCUCACUCCCCUCUCGAAACCUCUCUUUCCCAUCAUUUUUUAUACGAAAUCGUUAUAUAAAUCUCGAUGGCGUCUGCAAGCUUUGUGAAGUUAAAUGCAUCUUCUUCACCUUGGAUCGGUCAACGAUCCUUCAACCAACGUCCGGGAUCUUCCCCCAGGUUACCCGCCACUCGUGUAUCUGUCAUCCGCGCGGGAUCUUACUCCGAGGAACUCGUCAAAACCGCUAAAACAAUUGCAUCACCUGGCCGCGGUAUCCUUGCCAUUGACGAGUCAAAUGCAACUUGUGGAAAGCGAUUGGCAUCAAUUGGAUUGGACAACACCGAAGCCAACAGACAAGCCUAUAGACAACUUCUAUUGACCACUCCUGGUUUAGGUCAAUAUAUCUCUGGCUCCAUCCUUUUCGAGGAAACCCUUUAUCAAUCAACUACAGAUGGAAAGAAGAUGGUUGACUGCUUGCGUGAACAGAACAUCGUACCUGGCAUUAAAGUUGAUAAGGGUUUAGUCCCCCUUCCAGGUUCCAACAAUGAAUCAUGGUGCCAAGGGUUAGAUGGGUUAGCUUCUAGAACAGCUGAGUAUUACAGUCAAGGAGCUCGCUUUGCCAAAUGGCGUACUGUUGUCAGCAUUCCUUGUGGCCCUUCUGCUUUGGCUGUGAAAGAAGCUGCAUGGGGUCUUGCACGUUAUGCUGCCAUUUCCCAGGACAAUGGAUUGGUGCCAAUUGUGGAGCCAGAGAUCCUUCUAGAUGGAGACCACUCGAUAGACACAACACUAGAAGUAGCUGAAAGGGUUUGGGCAGAGGUUUUCCACUACUUAGCAGAAAACAAUGUUCUUUUUGAAGGAAUCUUGCUAAAGCCCAGCAUGGUCACUCCAGGAGCUGACCACAAGGAAAAAGCUUCACCGGAGACUAUUGCCAAAUAUACCCUCACCAUGCUCAAGAGAAGGGUCCCACCUGCAGUUCCUGGAAUCAUGUUUUUGUCAGGGGGACAAUCUGAAAUGGAAGCUACCUUAAACCUGCAUGCAAUGAACCAAAGCCCUAACCCAUGGCACGUGUCCUUUUCAUAUGCACGGGCCCUACAAAACUCGGUGCUCAAGGCAUGGCAAGGGCUGCCCGAAAAUGUGGAAGCCGGGCAGAAGGCACUUUUGACACGUGCAAAAGCAAACUCAUUGGCUCAGCUUGGAAAGUACUCUGCUGAGGGAGAAAGUGAAGAUGCUAAGAAAGGAAUGUUUGUCAAGGGCUACACCUACUAAGUAAGGCACACUAUUUAGGUUGGUGAGUUUUUGUUUUCUUUUUUGAUGUGUGGUUGUGUAAUUUUAGAGGUGUUUUUGAAUAAUAAUAAUAAUAUCCGGAUGCUAAAACUGACCCUUGAAUAUGUGGGGUAGUGAAAGGUGAGGGUGGGUCUUAGAGUUAAGGCUAGUUUUGAUGAUGCAAAUGAGUAUCUGACUUUUUUUUCUUCUUGUGUAAUUUAGAAUGGAACAAAACAAUGUGAUUGG